AUGUUGAAAGCACGGGUUUUCUCUGCUAAACAGGCUGCUUCACCUCAUGCCCUGGUCUUUUUGGAGCACCGUCAGGGUGACCUUGACUCUGCGUCACUUUCUGCCUUGACGGCAGCAUCUCAGUUGGGCGGUCAAGUUACCGGCCUUGUCGUGGGCAGUCCCGAGGAGGUGCCAUCUGUUGUAGAGAAGGCUAAGAAAUUAAACGGUUUGACCACACUGCUGCAUUGUGCAUCCCCACAGUACACCACGAUAUUACCUGAGACAGUAUCUCCACUCUUGGAGAAGCUCUUAUCACAGAACUCGCCCUUCACGCACGUCGUUUCCGCUCACUCCAGCUCUGCCAAGUCGAUUCUGCCUCGAGUUGCAGCAAAACUAGAUGUUCCGGCCGUAUCUGAUAUCACAUCCCUCGAACAUGACGCAGCAUCGGGAAGCACUACCUUCACCCGUCUCAUCUACGCUGGUAACGCCAUCUCCACAGUCCGUGCAUCCUCCUCCAUCCCCAUCAAGUUCUUCACUGUCCGGUCUACUGCAUUUGCAGCUGCUGGAGCAGGAGAUGCAGCAGAGAGCGAAGUCAAAGCCCUCGAUUCUGUUGAGGUGUCCGAUCCACCCACGGAACAUAUUAGCACUUCUCUGACGAAAUCCGAUCGGCCUGACUUGGGUGUUGCAGGUCGCGUUGUUUCUGGGGGACGCGCAUUGAAGAAUGCCGAGACUUUCCAGUCUACUCUGUAUCCUCUUGCUGAUGCACUUGGUGCUGCGGUUGGAGCAUCGCGUGCUGCUGUGGAUGCAGGGUACGCAGACAACUCCCUGCAAGUUGGACAGACAGGAAAGCAUCUUGCCGGUAUGAAGGAUUCCAAACUCAUUGUGGCAGUAAAUAAGGAUCCCGACGCACCAAUCUUCCAAGUGGCGGACGUAGGGUUAGUAGCAGAUCUUUUUGAGGUAGUGCCAGAGCUGGUCGAGAAGUUGAAGCAAUGAUAGAAUGGGCAGCAUCAUGUUCAGCGCUCAUUGGGUGCUUAAUAUACUAGUCAAGAUUGGCUUUGAAGAUAUUGCAAGUUCUAUAGCUAAGACAUAAGUCCGUCAGCGAUGCACGAUGCUCCAUGAUCAGCUGCUAAGUCACGGUAGUAGCUUGACACCGUAGUGACUCUGAAUAUUUGGAUAGUGUUUUUUUCCCACGACU